ACUCCGAUUUGGUAAAAGCUGUCAAAGAAGAAUCUGCACUUAUUUCACAAGUCCAAUCUGUUCCAAACGGAGUGUCGUCUGAAAAAUUGAUAGAAUGUGCGUUCCGCCUAAUGAAGUCAUCGAACAGUUCUUUCGUAAGAAUUGCUGAAGGUGAUGAUUGCGAACAACUAGCUCGACCCUCAUCAAUGAACUCAUUUGUUUUCGAGAAAAACUUUGAAUACUUAGAAAAGUCUGCAUUUUACAGGAUGAUUGAUCAACAGACAUCCUUUAAAAAUUCCUACAAUCAAAGAAUUCACCAUUACAUAUACCAAGAGGUAAAAAAUGGAGACAAAUUUCAUUUCGUGUUUCAAAAGUCGAAUACAGACAGCUUAGCUAUAACAUUCAGAGACACAACAAAUGCAAUACAAGCUGUUAAAUUCGACGAUGUUUCAACGCAACUAGUAUUAACAAAUGUAGGUCCUUCUGGUCUAAAUGAAAAAGAAAAACUUGCAUCUCCUCUCCAGGACUUCAAAAUCUACAAGAUCAGAUUUGAGGUACUCCAAUAUCACUGGAAGAUCACAGUAAACGACGAAGUGCUUCCAACAAUUAACCAUCAUGGCUUGAUUACAAACAUCGAAGUGAUUGUUGUCAGGUUAGGACCUUCGAUCAAAUAUCUGUCAAAAUAUUUCAAUCCAAGAAAUCAACCAACAGGUAUAACAGGAUGGUGAACAGUGACAUGGUUUGAAAAUUUAGUUAGUUUCUGUGAUGAAACUACGAUAACAUUUGAUCAACAUAAAGUGUUAAUAUUUAUGACUGAAUCAAAAUUUGUAACAUUAUUUGAUUAUAAAUACGACAAGUGUAUAGUAUACGGUUAUUCGUUAUGCCUAAAGGUUCAAUGUUAUGUACCGUUACAAAAUGAAAUAAAAACAUGUGGUUCAUUCAGUUUAAACUAAAACUAUUUCGGGGGUGUCUGUGUUGCCCUUUGCCUUUUGUCAGGGAACUGAACUAUUGCGAACAGCUGAGCAUGUCUUCGCUCAGUAAAGUAAGGAAUAUAAACAAGAUAAACAGCUAGUGGCAAUUGUGAAAUAAAAAACAUUGUACGCUAAAAAAAAUAUCAUAAAACUUCUCGCUUUAAGACCCUGUCGAAUUUCCCUUUCCUCUAUUCAUACAUUUUAGUGCGUGCUCAUUUUCCCUAGUCGGCGAAUAAUAGCAAGAAUAUUUUCGAUGAAAUGAAAAAUAAAUGACGCCGAAUAAUCAAAUUAAUUUAACAAAUGAGCUCAUAAUUAACGCUACGCACCAUAAGAGGUCACCUUCUUGCGACGUAUCAAACAGCCAAUUAUCGUUGAGCUUUUACAAUCUUGAGAGAAUCUGGUUUCUAAUUUUAACCGCUGGAAAACCAAUACUAUGUAGGUAUUUUUUUACAAUUUCGAUAACAAACAUGGCAUGUAAACUGGCAAAACAAUCUUGCCAAUUAAAAGUUGAGUCUAUUAUUUCCAGUAUAUUUGUUUCAAAUUACUUGAAACAAUUUGUUUUCUUACAAAAAUCAACAAUAUAUUUUACUUCCACGGACAGCGAUAUUAUGAAAAUUCUUCUAAUGCCUAUAUGUGAAGGACGUAACAUCCAACAAAACAAACUGGUCUUUGAAUGUUUAGAAUUAUGCAGGGUACAAAAAUAUAGAAUAAAUAAAUAUUAUUUCCAAUUUGUGUAUAUCAUU